UGACUCAUUUCUGUUGAAAGAAGACGUGAAGAACACAAACUGGUUGCAUAGCAUUGAUGAUAGGUCGUCAGAUCAUGGACUAAUGUUUGACAAUGGAGGGUUCGAGCUGCUUCCUGGCCCUUUUGCCCCACUAUAACACACACAAACGCACCACAAGUAAACCAUUUUUUUUCUACAAUAUCUGUUUGCUUCGUUAGUGACAGAGUGAUAAGAUAUAAGGCUUUAGUGGUUCUUGGUUCUCGAGUUAGAAUUGUAACUUUGUAGUUAUAUAAGUAUUUGAAGAGAUGGUAACACAACGUAAGGAUCUGAUUCUUGAAGGAAACGAUUAGAAUGUGAAUGAGGAUAGAAAGGUUCACACACCCAACGUUAAUCAGAAAUAUAGCUAAAGUUAACAAUGGGUAACAGCCAAGCACAACUAACAACAACAAUGGAGUUUUUUUCUUAUCUUGUAUUCCAUAAAAUUGACUUUCAUUAAUGUCAUUUUCACAUUUAAGAGAUUUCAUAUGCUGUCUACAUUGUUACCUUAUCGUCAUAUACCCUCAUUUAUGUCACAUACCAAACUUCCUUCCCCUUCAGGUGGGUCCAUCUUAAAGAAAGAAAGUUCCAUCCCCACCCAAAUUAAAUUUUAUAAAUAUCAAGAUGAAAUAAACAUAAUCUGCAACAUUUCUCCCACUCUUUGUUGUUUUCCUUACCAAUCUAUGCUUUGAUUUUGAAAUACUAUCUUUUCUCAUUACUGAAAAGAGAAUAUCCAUAUGAUUUACACAUUAAAAUCAAUUGAGUUAUUAUCACAUAAGCUAUUAGAAUAUUCCAAAGUCUCACGAAGCCGCCAUAUUUACAUCAAUUGACCCGUUCAAUAAAUACUAAAAUUGAUUUUUUAAAAAGAAAAAGAAUAAAACAAAGAGAAAUUUAAGAAAACGACAAAUAAGUUUAAGAUACGAAUUAAUAAUUUAAAUUCUUUUAGGAAGAGAGUCAAAGGCAUUAAAAGCCAGACAGCAAAGUGCAGACAAGAGAGGAGAGAGAUUGGAAUCUGAAACCGAACAUCGAGAUUUACGUUUCUCCGUUGCCGUCACGCCGAAGCUUCCCUUUCACCUUCAAACACAAAGCUUUAGCUAAAAAUUGCAUCUCUCCCAAAAUCUUUACUUUCUCUCUCUUUUGACUGUUCAUGAUCACUUGGUGGUCACUGAAUCUUAUGGCAAUGGGCGAUUCCAGAUUCUCUGCUACUUUCCGCUUUUGCCUUUAACUCAAGCUUCUUAUUCACGAAAUGCCGUUGUUAAAAGUCAUUCCUCCACUAUCUCUUAGCAUUUAUUCCAUUCAACGAUCAGCUUCCAAUGCCACUUCUCAGGAUUCUCCUAUGAACCCACCUCAAAGUUCAGGUGAAUGAGAAAACUUUGAUGUGAGUGAGCCUACGACUACGAGCAUUAUGAUGAUUGUUUUGGCCUUAAUUAUCCUUUUGGCCUCCCGUUGUUUAUCAGCAGACAUAGACUCAGACAAACAAGCACUUCUCGAGUUCGCAUCUCUUGUCCCCCACGCACGCAAACUCAACUGGAACACCACAAACCCCAUCUGCACAUCAUGGACCGGCAUCACCUGCUCCAAAAACAACUCCCGUGUAACCGCGCUCCGUUUACCCGGAUCCGGACUAUACGGACCAUUACCCGACAAAACAUUCGAGAAGCUUGACGCCCUCAGGAUCAUUAGCCUCCGUUCCAACAACCUCCAAGGAAACAUCCCACUAACCAUCCUCUCUCUUCCUUUCAUCAGAUCUCUCUACUUUCACGACAACAACUUCUCUGGUACCAUCCCUCCCACUCUCUCUCCUCGUCUUGUUAACCUUGAUCUCUCCAACAACUCGCUCUCUGGCAACAUCCCCGCGAGUCUACGGAGCCUGACUCAGCUCACUGAUCUCAGCUUGCAAAACAACUCUCUCACCGGACCAAUCCCUGACCUCCCUCCUAACCUUAAGUACUUGAACCUCAGCUUCAAUAACCUCAACGGCUCAGUUCCUUCUUCUCUCAAGUCCUUCCCAGCGUCAUCCUUUCAAGGGAAUAGCCUUUUAUGUGGAAGUCCUUUAACUCCAUGCCCUGACAACACCACUGCACCAGCGAAAAAGGUUCUCUCUACUGCAGCUAUCGUCGGCAUAGCAGUUGGAGGUUCGGUUCUGUUAUUCAUCCUUCUCGCCGUCAUAACUCUCUGCUGCGCCAAGAAAAGAGAUGAUAACGGGCAAGACAGCACGUCAACAGCGCCAAAAGCUAAAACCAUAAGGAGUGACAACAAAGCUGAAGAGUUUGGGAGUGGGGUCCAGGAGCCUGAGAAGAACAAGCUGGUCUUCUUUGAAGGAAGUUCAUACAACUUCGAUCUCGAGGACUUGCUCAGAGCCUCUGCUGAAGUUUUAGGGAAAGGAAGCUACGGGACGACGUAUAAGGCCAUCUUAGAGGAAGGAACAACGGUUGUGGUGAAGAGGCUGAGGGAAGUAGCAGCUGGUAAAAGGGAGUUUGAGCAGAAGAUGGAAGCUGUGGGGAGGAUUAGUCCGCACGUGAAUGUGGCUCCUCUCCGUGCUUAUUACUUCUCGAAAGACGAGAAGCUGCUCGUGUUUGAUUACUACCAAGGAGGCAACUUCUCCCUGCUUCUUCAUGGAAACAACGAGGGAGGAAGAGCGGCGUUAGACUGGGAAACAAGGCUAAAGAUCUGUUUAGGAGCUGCAAAAGGAAUCUCUCACAUACAUUCUGCAUCUGGUGCUAAACUCCUCCACGGGAACAUCAAAUCACCAAACGUCCUAUUAACACAAGACCUCAAUGCCUGUGUCUCGGACUACAGUAUAGCUCCAUUGAUGAGCCACCACACAUUGCUCCCAUCGAGAAGCUUAGGGUACAGAGCACCUGAGGCCAUAGAAACCAGGAAACACACUCACAAAUCCGACGUGUACAGCUUUGGUGUACUGUUGCUCGAAAUGCUGACGGGGAAAGCAGCAGGGAAGACGGCUGGGCACGAGGAACUGGUGGAUUUGCCCAAGUGGGUGCAGUCUGUGGUGAGAGAGGAGUGGACUGGAGAAGUGUUUGACGUGGAGCUGAUCAAGCAGCAGCAUAACGUUGAGGAAGAGAUGGUGCAGACGUUGCAGAUAGCGAUGGCUUGUGUGUCAAGGCAUCCGGAUUCUAGGCCUUCCAUGGAGGAAGUAGUUAACAUGAUGGAGGAGAUAAGGGCUUCUACAGGCUCUGGUCCUGGUUCUGCUAAUAGAGCUUCUUCUCCUGAGAUGAUCAGAAGCUCAGAUAGCCCGGUUUAGAUUGGUUAUUAUAUUCUUUAUUUCUCAAAAAAAAUUAUUUAGUAGUUCUGUACUUCUAUCUCACUAAUGUAAUUGAAACUGUCAUUGAGUUGUUGUAGUUCUUAGAUUGUUUAUUGUUUGUGUGUGAUUUAAUAAAAUUUUCAGUUUCCUUUU